AUGGCCAGGAGCCAGGAUGGUUGUAUCAACACUUCUACCUUUUGGCCCGUAGCAGUGAAGAAGGCUGCGGAUCCCGAAUGCCUCCCGUCAAAAAACAUGGGCAUUGCACUGUCCAGGUCUGAUAAAUGCCGUAUCGUCACCUCCACUGGGCUUCGGAGCUCUGUGCCGGGAGAAAACAGCGCCUCCUGUCCAGAGAUGAAUGGCAUUGUCAAACCCUCUCGCAAUGACAUCAUUCAAGGCUCUCAGAAUAACAAUGAAGAGGAGUUGUUGGUUCCUGCCUUUCCAGAAAAAGCUGACAUAGAGAGAGGCUAUGUGACUCCACAGCAGGUGUACAACUUGUUAAAUGCUGAAGCUGGGGAACCAGCACUCCAUGACCCGUACUACAUGCUCAUUCUGGAUUGUCGUUCUGCAGACAGGUAUAAGCAGAGUCACCUGGUUACGGCACGUGCCAGUGUGACCGUCAUUCACCCAGAUCUUGGCUGUUUGAUAAGCUGUGUCCAGCUACAGGAGUUUUCCAUCAUUCUGCUGUAUGCAGAAGAAGGACACAGUCCAGUAGGCAGUCAAGAGGCUCGUGCCGACAACCCUACCCUACAGCACUGCUUUUUCCAGCUGAGUGCCCUUGGCAUGGACCCAGUCAUCUUGCUGGGAGGCUACUCAGCCUUCCACUCACUCUACCCCUUCCUGUGUACACCUCGGAUGGUUCUGCUCGAGUCUGAGCGCCGUCUCCUUACCAUCUAUCCCUCUGAGAUCCUGGAAGGUGCACUGUACCAAGGUUCUGCAUCGCAAGCGCAGGACUACCGCAUUAUUAAAAACCUGCAUAUCACACAUGUGGUCAACGCCACUGCCGAAAUCUCAGAUGCCUUCCCUAAUGUCCUGAGGUAUUUGCGACUCCGACUCAGCGAUGAUGCCCAACAGGACCUUCGCCAGGCGCUUCCAGAAGCUUCUCGUUUUAUUGCAGCAGCCCUAAGGGGUUCACCAGGCUCACCUGGAGGGCGUGUACUGGUGCACUGCAGCCUGGGACGGAGCCGAAGCUCAGUGUUGACACUGGGCUUCCUGAUGGAACAGCGCCACUGGUCUCUACUGCACGCUUUCCGUUGGCUCAAAGAGAGGCGCACGUGUGCAGCACCGAAUGCUGGGUUCCUUCGUCAACUCUCAGCAUAUGAGGAGCAAUUGUUUGGGAGGCGCCUAACCUCGCUUGAUGACAUUCGGCUCUGAACAAUUUUUGAAAAAUAUAAAAAAUAAAUAAAUAGAUUUCUGAAGACUGCAGAAUCAUAUACACAAAUUAUAUUCAAGAUUUCAGAAAGUCAUAGAAUAAGGAAACGUUAGCUGGUUACAUUAAGCGUGCAGUGUCAUGGAGAUCUAACUUCUUGAAGAGUUCUAGUCUUCUGACCUUUACUGGCUGGGUCAAUGGUGUUUAGGGUAAAUGGGGUAAAUGAUCAUAGAUUAUCAAUCU